AUGGCGUCGGCAGAGGCCCUGCACGUGAAGAGCCCCGUCCGCGACAGCAUGACCCUGACCAAGGUGGCCGGCACCAGUGUCUACCUCAAGAUGGACAGCUCCCAGCCCUCCGGCUCCUUCAAGAUCCGCGGCAUUGGGCACUUCUGCAAGACGUGGGCUGCGCGGGGCUGUGAGCACUUCGUCUGCUCCUCAGCGGGCAACGCGGGCAUGGCGGCCGCCUAUGCCGCCAGGAAACUGGGCAUCCCCGCCACCAUCGUCGUGCCCAACACCACGCCCGAGCUCACCGUGGAGCGGCUCAAGAGCGAAGGAGCCACGGUCGAGGUGGUGGGAGAAACACUGGUGGAGGCCUUCGAGCUGGCCAAGGCCCUGGUGAAGAACAACCCCGGCUGGGUGUACGUGCCCCCUUUCGAUGACCCCCUUAUCUGGGAAGGCCACAUGUCCAUCGUCAAGGAGCUGAAAGAGGCGCUGAGCACAAAGCCAGGGGCCAUCGUACUGUCGGUGGGCGGCGGGGGGCUGCUGUGCGGGGUGGUCCAGGGACUGCAGGAGGUGGGCUGGGGGGACGUACCCAUCAUCGCCAUGGAAACCAUCGGUGCCCACAGCUUCCAUGCGGCCACAAGGGAAGGCAAGCUGGUCUCCCUGCCCAGGAUCACCAGUGUCGCCAAGGCUCUGGGCGUGGCAACUGUAGGGGCACAGGCCCUGAAGGUGUUUCAGGAACACCCCAUUUUCUCUGAGGUUGUCUCGGACCAGGAGGCUGUGGCUGCCAUUGAGAAGUUUGUGGACGAUGAGAAGACCCUGGUGGAGCCCGCCUGUGGGGCUGCCCUGGCUGCCAUCUACAGCCAGGUUGUGAAGAAGCUCCAGGGGGAGGGGAAGCUGCCGGUGCCCCUGUCCUCCGUGGUGGCCAUUGUCUGCGGGGGCAGCAACAUCAGCCUGGCCCAGCUGCAGGCCCUCAAGGCACAGCUGGGCAUGAAGAACGGACUGCCGGAGUGA